UUAACAUGAAGGACCACCUCCUCUUCCUCAUCAUCUUCUUCAAUCCCUUGUUUUUGCUCCCCAUCUUCUCCGGGGAGCCGACGCCGGUGAGUAUUGGCGUCGUCCUCGAUAUGAAUUCUUCAUUGGGCAAGACCUGCUUUUUGUCCAUGAAGAUGGCCAAGGAUGAUUUCUAUACUUCUCAUCCUGACUACAACACUAGGAUUGUUUUCAAGCUCCGUGAUUCCCUCCGGCAAGUCAUCGGCGCCGCCGACGGAGCUUUAGACCUUAUAAAAAAUGAGAAGGUUCAGGCGAUCAUCGGACCACAAACCUCCGGCGAGGCGCAGUUCGUCGGAGAUCUCGGUGAAAAAGCAAAAAUUCCCAUUAUCUCCUUCUCGGCGACGAGUCCAUCUAUCUCCCCCUCCCAGUCACCUUUCUUCCUCCGCACCGGUCUCACCGACGCCGCCCAAUCUCCGGCCAUCGCCUCCCUAAUCAAAUUCUACGGCUGGCACCGUCUCGUCCCCAUCUACGAAGACACUGAUUCCUGCGCCGGCUUCAUCCCUUCCCUCAUCGACUCCCUUCUCGACGCCGACAUCACCGUCCCCUACCGCACUCUUCUCUCCAAGAAUUCAAAUGAUGACCAUAUUUCAUCAGAGCUUUACUUGCUUAAAACCAUGCAAACAAGAGUUUUCUUUGUGCACAUGUCGACGCCCCUCGCCUCCCGGUUUUUCCAAAAAGCCGAGGAGGCCGGCAUGAUGACUGAUGAUUAUGUUUGGAUUAUUAGUGAGAAGCUCACUAGUCUAAUCCGUUUGAUGAACUCUUCCAUCAUUCAUGAUUCAAUGAAAGGUGUGAUUGGUCUCCGGCCUUAUGUUCCGAAGACCGGUAAGCUUGCUGGGUUCCAAAGGAGGUGGAGGAGAGAGUUUAGACGUGAGUUUGCUGAUGAUGCUGAUGAGAGUGAGAGUAUGAUACUCACUACGUAUGGUUACUGGGCAUAUGAUACGGUGUCAGCGGUGGCGAUGGCGGUGGAGGCUGCGUCUCCACUUGAUAAUGGUCGAGUCAUGAGUUCAAAUGGAAAGACUGAUUUGUCGGAGAUUUCAGCGUCCAAGACCGGGGAGAAGCUUCUUGAUGCUAUAAGAGUGUUGAGUUUCACUGGCCUUGCCGGAAAAUUUCUUCUUGUUGAUGGAGAGUUGAAUGUGUCGGCAUUUCAGGUAUUGAAUUUCAACGGUGAUCAGAGUGGGAGAGAGAUUGGUUACUGGACUCCGGGGGCUGGCUUAUCUCGGACGCUCAAAGGUGGUGGUAAUAACUCGGAGAGUCUUGGGCCAGUGAUAUGGCCGGGGGAGUCGACAAGAGUACCGAAAGGUUGGGAAACACCGACGGGUGAGAAGAAGCUGAGGAUCGCCGUGCCAGGAACCGUCCUCCCCGGCUUUAAAUCCUUUUUGGAUAUAAAAAUGUUUGAGGCAGCAGUGAAGAGACUGCCUUAUGCAUUGCCGUUUGAGUAUUUUAACUACUCAAGCUCUGAUGGGAAGAGCACCGGAUCUUAUGAUCUCCUCGCUCGUCAAGUGGCGGAUAAAAAGUAUGAUGCGGUGGUGGCAGAUAUGACGAUUACAUCGAAUAGAUCAGAGUAUGUAGACUUCACGUUGCCGUAUACCGUUGCUGGAAUAUCGAUGGUGGUGCCGAUAAAGAACCAGCGGAGCAAGAAUGCGUGGAUCUUCGUCAAGCCAUUGACACCAGACUUAUGGCUUGUGAGCCUUGGUUUCUUCGUCUUCACCGGGUCUAUUAUAUGGGUGCUCGAACAUCGAAUCAAUCCAGAGUUUCGCGGUCCUCCGACAAACCAAAUUGGAACUAUCUUCUACUUCACCUUCUCAAUUCUAGUAUUUGCUCACAGAGAGAACAUAGUGAGUAAUUUAGCGAGAGUAGUGGUGAUCAUAUGGGUGUUUGUUGUGUUGAUCUUGCAAUCAAGUUACACUGCCAGCUUGACAUCAUUGCUGACAGUAGAGCAAUUUGAACCAAGUUACACACAUAUCAGUGAGCUCAAAGACAAUGGAGAGCGUGUAGGGUACCUUAAGGACUCCUUUGUUAAGGGAUUCCUAGUUAAAACAUGGAAAUUUGAUCAAGAAAAACUUAUACCCUUUAGAUCACCUCAAGAGUAUGCUGAAGCUUUGGCCAAAGGGAGCCGAAAUGGUGGAGUUGCAGCAAUUAUAGAUGAGAUUCCUUAUCUCAAAGUCUUCCUUAAAGAUCACUGUGACAACUACACCAUGGCUGGCCAGACCUACAAAACUAGUGGAUUUGGCUUUGUGUUCCCAAAAGGUUCACCGAUUGUAUCAGACCUCUCGAGAGCGAUACUAAACAUUACAGAGGGCGAUGAGAUGUCUGACAUCGAGAGGAGAUGGUUUGGAGAUCAAACAAACUGUCCUAAACUAGGGAGCAAGCUCUCAUCAAACAGUUUAGACUUCACAAGUUUCUGGGGCUUGUUUCUCAUCACAGGAACUGUUUCAUUGUUGGCUUUCUUCCUUUACUGGAUCAUCUUCUUGUACAAGAACAGACAUCAAUUGAUGUCGAACAUGGCAUCGCAGAGUUCUCUCCGGUGGCGUCUUCAGUCUAUCGGUCAGCUUUUCGAUCAGAGAGACUUAUCUUCUCAUACAUUUAGGAAUGCUGAAGUAAAGGAUGGAUCAAAGAGAAGUACUGAGGAUCAGUCUCCACAUUCUAGCCCUUUUAAUAACAAUUGUCCUCAAAGUCCAAUGAGUUUCUCUACAAGUCAAACAUUUGAAGAAGGAAAUGUUUCAACUGAGCUUGCAACUCCAAAUUCAGAAACACCACUGCAUGUAGUGAGACAUUGCUGCUGCACUGAUCAUUAG